AUGAGUACUGAAGUUGAUGUUGUUAUUGUUGGGGCGGGUGCAGCUGGUUUGGCUGCUGCUAUCGAAUUGCAGUCAACGAAUUUAAAAUUUCUUGUACUUGAAGCUCGUAAUCGUAUUGGUGGUCGAGUAUGUACAGAUGAAGAAACAUUUACACGUGCGAAAGUUGAUCUCGGUGCCAGUUGGAUUCAUUAUUAUGGACCAGAAAAUGUACUCUAUGAUUAUUAUGUAUCGUUUAAUUGUGGUAAGAAACAGCCUAGACAUUCAGGUUAUAGGAUUUGUUUUGAUUAUGAUGGUGAAUAUUUUUCGAGUGAAACAAAGUUUCAUGCGCGAAGUAUAUGUGCAAAACUCUAUCAACAUAUAGAAUUAUUUACAUGUAAGAAUAAAAAUAAGGAAGAUCAAAGUAUUGAACAAGUUAUUCAAACAGAAUACGAAAGACUAGUUCCCAAUGGACCAAUUAAACGCUUAGUUAAUCUUAUGCUUUCUGGUGAAGAAGAAUAUGAAGGAUCUAAUUUUGAAAAUCUUUCAGCUAAAUAUUAUGGAUUGGAAGAUGGUUCAUCAUGUGAUAAAUGGGUUUCAUGUGGUUAUGAAAAUUUAUUAAAAUUUAUUGUUAAGAAACAUAAUUUAUCUAUUCAAUUGAAUACUUUUGUCACACAUAUAAAUACAAUCGAUUCUGAUCGAAUAGCCAUUAAAACAUCUAAUGAUUCAUCAAUAAUCUAUUGUCGUCGAGUUAUUAUUACAAUUCCAUUAGGUUGUUUAAAACGAGAAACAAUCUUAUUUGAACCACCACUACCUGAUUGGAAACGCAAUGCUAUUAAUCAAAUGGGUAUGGGUUUAAUGAAUAAACUUAUUGUUCAAUUUUCAACUAGUUUCUGGGACUCUGAUAUGUGUUCAUUUUUACAUGCAUGUAAUAAACAACGUGGUCGAUUUCGACAUACGAUUUGUUCACAUGCGCCAGAAAAUAUUCUUAUUCUAUUCGUUACUGGUAACUUUGCUAGAGAAUUAGAAGCUUUGACUGAUUCAGAAAUUCUCGAAGAAAUAAUGAAAUUUCUUCGACAAAUAUUUCCUACCCAAUCGAUAUCGGAACCUGUCAAAUAUAAAUUUACUCGUUGGGGACAAGACACAUUAGCGUAUGGUUCAUAUUCAAAUAUUGCUGUUCAUGCAAGUCCUGAUACAAUGAAACAAUUAGCAAAAGAAACUUCCGAUGGCCAUGUACAUUGGGCUGGUGAACAUGCUAAUGCUAAUGAUGGUACUGAAAAUUGGUCGUUUGGCUGUGUUCAUUCUGCUUUUCAAAGUGGACAACGAGCAGCAAAAACUGUUCGAAGUCAAUUAUGUUCUUCUUAA